UUGAGAGAAAUUUGAAGGGUAUAUCCGUCACAAACAAAUAAUCCCUCCCGUAUCUCUUACUCUCGCCCUCUUAACCCUAAAACCUCCGUUCAGCUGUACUGCAAGUGCAACCCCUUUUGGCUCUCUUACUCUCUUCUCCUUCCAAUUUGUUCGAAAGCAGUCAGAUACAGUUUACAAAAUGGUUCAAGAGGCGACUAAUGGUGGUUCCGAGAAGUCACAGUUGGCUAUCACUGUAGAACAGCUCAUUGCCGUUAACCCUUACAAUCCAGAUAUCCUCCCUGAUCUUGAAAACUAUGUUAACGAACAGGUUUUGUCUCAAACAUACAAUCUGGAUGCAAACCUUUGCCUGCUCCGUCUUUAUCAGUUUGAGCCGGACAGAAUGAGUACACCAAUUGUUGCUCGUAUUUUGGUUAAGGCCUUAAUGGCAAUGCCAGCUCCAGAUUACAGCCUGUGUCUCUUCCUAAUCCCCGAUCGAGUGCAAAUUGAAGAGCAAUUCAAGACACUAAAUGUUCUCUCACACUUCUUAGAGACUGCAAGGUUCCGCCAAUUUUGGGAUGAAGCUGCAAAGAGCCGCCACAUUGUGGAAGCUGUUUCUGGUUUUGAACAAGCAAUUCGAGCAUAUGCUGUUCAUGUCCUUUCAAUAACCUACCAGAAGGUUCCAAGGACCAUUCUUGCGGAGGCUAUCAACAUUGAGGGUGUUUCAUUGGAUAAGUUCCUUGAGCACCAGGUAUCGAACAACGGUUGGGUUGUUGAAAAAGGCCAGGGUAAGGGCCAAGUCAUCACCCUUCCUCCCACUGAAUUCAACCAUCCAGAGCUUAAGAAAAAUACUGCUGAUAGUGUUCCACUGGAGCACAUCACGCGUAUCUUCCCCAUUCUUGGCUGAAGCCUGUAAUUGUUGCAUCAGUAUAGAAUCUGGAGUUUGAGAGAGCCAUUUUCAUCAUGAAACACAUGGAAUUGUAGGUCCUUGCAUUUUGUGACCUCUUUAACAGACUUAGGAGAGGGGUUCUUUUUGUUAAAAAAUUACUGCGAGUCAAUUUACUUUUUGGAGGAUGUUAAAAUAUACUCUUUGCUCGGAAAAUCUAUAAUGUAGUUGAUUUUGCUAAUUGGUCUGCUACUUCAUUA